GGAAUAAGUUUGAUGCCACCUGUGUGGAUUUUAUUGUUUUAUUGGGGAAAAUAGAAAUUGUUAUUUUUGUCCAGGAAAAUACAAUGACUAGUGUUCAUGCUCCAAAAAAACAAACAUUGCAUUGAUUUAUAUUUGACACUUACGCAUGGAAGGUGAUGGUGGCUUUAAGAGUGGAGCAUGUGGGUGUUUCCCCAGCCAGCAAAACAAGCUUCUGCAGAGCGCUGGCUGGUUCCUCCUGCAGGAUUCUCGGCCAUUAAAAGCCCGGGUUGAGCUAAAUCAGGCUACCAUUGCUGUUAAGUAUAAACGUUUCGACUAAUAUGCUUCAGUUGAAUGACACAAUGGAGCCGGACAGUCCAGGGGCUGCGGUUCUGCCCGCCGCCGGGGUUGAGGACGCGCUCGAAGGCUUGGAGGUGGCGUUCAGUCCGGGGCCUGAGGCCCAACCUGUACUCGGCUUCGGAGCUGCUGUAGCCUGCUGCUCUCCACUCCAGAAACUCACUCCUUUCCACGUCCACAACCCGACAGCUCGUGCAAAAGUCAAGGAUUACUUCGUGUUCAGGCCAGGAACCAUAGAGCAGGCGGUGAAUGACAUCCGUACAGUGGCAUUGCCUUCGGAAGACGGCGAGGUUCUGAGCGUGUGGCUCUUAGCAGAAGUUGAUCACUGGAACAAUGAAAAGGAGAGGCUGGUGCUCAUAACUGAGAGGUCGCUCCUGGUUUGCAAAUACGACUUCAUAAACUUGCUGUGUCAGCAGGUCAUCAGAAUUUCCCUAAACGCCGUGGACACCAUUUCGGUCGGAGAGUUUGAGUUUCCACCAAAAUCUCUGAAUAAGAGAGAGGGCAGUGGCGUUCGUGUGCACUGGGAUAAACGGCCGAGGCCUUCUUUUCUAAAUCGCUGGAAUCCCUGGUCCACUGACCUGCCAUAUGCCACCUUUACGGAGCACCCCAUGGCCCAUGCUGAUGAAAAGGUGGCUUCUCUUUGCCAGCUGGAGAACUUUAAAAUUCAGCUGAUCCAGGCAGUAAAGAGAGCCCAUAAGGAGUUUCCCAUCCCGGGCCGUUCUAACGGGGUGCUGCUGCUGGAGCGGCCGCUGCUCAUCGAGACCUACCUGGGCAUCAUGUCCUUCAUCAACAACGAGGCCAAACUGGGCUACUCCAUGACCAGAGGGAAAAUCGGCUUCUAAUUCAUUUCUGCUAACACACUUUAUUUGUUAAGCUCCAUGAACCCUUUUUGUGUUGCUUGCCGGAUUUCAGCAAGGCGUGAACCGCGCCCCUCUUCAUGCCUCCAGCGUGACUCACCGGCUCCUCAGCAUGUGCCUGGAAUCAUCGGAUGUCAACAUCGAUGCCCCUUUACUGGGCGUGUGCCAUUCUGCUUCAUUUUUAUUGUCUGACACUAUUGAGUGUUUUUUCUUUUAUUAUUUUUUUAAACAGUAUGUUGAUGUGAAGUGUGCGAUGAUGGUGCAGUUUAUACGUAGUGGAAAAGGAAGUAUUUCCACUAAAAUGCCAGAUUAGUAGUAGUCCACUAUGUCCCUUUAUUAACAUGCUUGGUCAGGUGAUCAAAUUAACGAUUGGGGACUGAUUGAGGGGAAAUGCUUGUUGCCGGGGUCAACAGCUGAAAAGCCAUAAUUUCAUUGUUCCUCUAACCGCAUAAAAGAUCCAAGUUUUUCUUUUUUUAAAUGCACAAAGCAGAGGUGUCAAAGUCUAUAAUUUAGUCUUCCCCAUUACGAUUGUUUUCCCAUUGCUAUGCUCUUCACAGCAUUGCUGGCACCUCUACUACAGUAUUUACUACGUGUUUAUUUAUUUAAAAGAUUUUUUUCCUAGGUAGCAGCUAAGUGCCCGUUUUCUCGGUUACACUGAAACUAGAUAACGUAGUCAUGAAUAAGCUACAAGAAGAAUUUGAAACCUAUGUAACUCAUAAUACAAGAACUCAGCAUUAUUAUAAAUGCACAUUUUGUAAAUUAUAAAAAAAAAAAACUCACACACUGAAAUUUUGAGGAGUUUGUCCAUGAUCGUUUGAACUGAUUGUUCCCUUUCAAUUAAUUUUUAUGAUUUAUAAAUGUAUUAUUUAUUAUCUUGAUGGAAAAAUUUACUUUAUGCCAUUUUUAAAGAAAAUUAUGAUUUAUUAUUUUUCUAUGUUCACUUUUUAAUGUUUUAAAGAGUAGCGGUUUCCUACAUUUUGCCAUAAUGCCAUUAAUUACUAUCAGUGCCACAAGGAUUAAGCUCAGUUUAGCACUUAAUCUUUUAGUCUCUUCUUUAGUCUUAAUCCUUUAGUUCAAAUCGCUCUCUCUCUCUCUACGCAGCUAAACAGAUCAGCUUCCAAAGUUUGACGAAUGCUAAGUCUAUGUACCACAGUAUUAUUUGCUGGAACUUUGUGUCCAGCAGUUUCUUUCUCUUCUACAUUGGAAUUCACGUGAACACCGUCAAACUACUUCCGAAAACUGCGAGCGAGAACGGAGGCUCUUGCUCGAUUGUUAAAAACCUGAUUGUUCUUGUUUAUGUAUGAUAUUGUCCUAUAAUCACGCUAGCAUGUCCCUCUCACGCCUUCUCACAGGAAUAAUAAAAAUACAGCACUGACCUACAAAUCAGCACCACAAUGUCUGAGAAUUUCACUGUACACGUUUAUUUUUCAGUGUAGACUUUAGGCAUGAGAACUUUAGGCACAGAAGUCCUGUCAUAUGGAAAGAAUAUUGCUGUUUGGGGCUUUGCAGUCUGCCACACUUCAUACUAGUGAAGUGCAUGAUUUGUUUAGAAAUUACAAAUUACUUUGCAAUUAAAUCAUGGAUUGUAUUUUAUUUUAUUAAGCAAAAUGUUCCCUUGCUGUAUGAACAUGGCUCGGUUUGUAAUGUUGAUCCUGACUCAGGUUGGAUUUAGUUGAUUUUAAAUGCUGCUUUAUCAUUUAAGGAUGCAAACACGGGUUAGGAGUUUAAUUCUAACCAAAGGCGAUUAGUGCAGACGCGUUAUUACGGGUUCCCUAAUAAUUUUUUUGCUUGUAUGCACUUUUAUCCCCCUCCCCCCCAACCACCACUCAGUGUUUGAAGGAUUUUUCUUUUGUAUUAAAAAAAAAAAAAAAAAGGAAAAUAUUGCAUGUGAACUAUGCAUGCGGUUAACUGUGUGUAAAAACUGGUUUUGUGUGUGGCAUUUGUAAUCUGGUCGUUGCUUAGAAUCACCCGUUACAGCUCGGAGGAAACAUGUCUAACGAAUACAAAUUACCACUUUAUUCAGGACUGCUGUCACUCCUCAUUUUCUGACUGCUGGACCAUUUUUUUGGACCCAAAUUACAUACGUUUGGUUUUCGUAACCAGCCUCAGCAUCGUGGUCUUACAAUUUCCAGUUCUAUUUAUUUGCACUGUAACAAUGCACCAUGCUCAAAGAUAUUAAAACUGCUCUACCUUGUUUUCUCAAUAACAAAAUAAAGAACGUAAAGUGUG